CUGUUGGGAUGGCCUGAGGCAGAAAGAAAGAAAGACCCUUGGCUGCAUGUCGUAUUCGUUCUGCCUCGUGCUCGCAUCUCGAUACCCGCUUAAGGGGCAGAGAUGAACCAAUCAACGCAGCUCUGCGCCGUCUAGAGCUGUAUCGGGCAUGGCCGGGAGGCAAUUGGCGCCUCCUAUUGGAUGCGGAUAUUAGCUGUGGGGAAGCAAAUGACAUAUUUCGUACUCGGGUCCAGUUUUUCGGCUUGAAUGUUAAGAUUGCGACGUGGUUAUCAAUCGAUAUCCCUUCCUUUGGAGCUUCAGAGGUAUGUCUUUCAAAACUCUUCCCGCCGUUUUCGACCUCAUGAGCCAGUCGUAGAUUGAAGCCAAUUGCGCCCCGCCGACUUCUAUUCCUCUUUAGGGUCAGAUCUCACCAUGGACGCCAUUCUGGAGAUCGCAGACUACUUUGUCUUUGACAAGGCCUACGCGAGCGUCUUCCCUGCGCCUGUCUUCACCGACAAUGCUACCAUUUCAUCGUCAUCGUCGCCCGAUUCUCUCUUCCCCGCGUCCAUCGCAUCUGCGAUCCCCCGCGAUGACAUCUACCGCCAAUGUUUCUCUCUCUUCCUGAUUGCCAGUUUCGGCGCUGCCUCUAUUUACGUCGUGUCCGCGACCCUGUCAUACUACCUCAUCUUUGACCGGCGCUUGGAACAUCAUCCGCGUUUCCUCAAGAACCAGAUCCGCAUGGAGGUCAAUUCCUCCUUCUUUGCGAUCCCCAUCAUUGCCGUUCUCACUAUCCCCUUCUUCCUCGCCGAGGUGCGCGGCAAGAGCCUGCUCUACACGAGAAUAGACGAGUAUGGCUGGACCUGGGUUUUUGUCUCGACCCUGUUGUACGCCAUCUUCAACGACAUCGGCAUUUACUGGAUUCAUCGCCUGGAGCAUCACCCGAGCAUUUACAAAUAUGUUCAUAAACCCCAUCACAAAUGGAUUAUCCCAACGCCCUGGGCCGCCAUUGCGUUCCAUCCCCUUGAUGGUUACGUCCAAUCCCUGCCGUAUCAUGUCUUCGUCUUCAUCUGCCCCAUGCAGAAGUAUCUGUACAUGGUGCUCUUUGCUUUGGUCCAAAUCUGGACCAUCCUCAUUCAUGACGGUGACAUGAUCACUGGACACUGGCUGGAAAAGUUCAUCAACAGCCCAGCUCACCACACCCUCCACCACAUGUACUUUACGUGCAACUACGGACAGUACUUUACCUGGGCCGACAACUACUGGGACUCUCACAAGGCUCCUCGCCCCGACCUGGACCCUAUCCACGAAGCCCUGAGGGUCAUGCGAGAGAAGGGGUUGGUGGAUGAGAACGAUCAACCCAUUGCGAAGCCAAAGACCCUGUAGACGUCCUUUUACGACAGGUUUAUCCUGUAUCGACCUAACGACUCGGGUGCUUCCAAAGAAGCACGCAUGGGCUCUAUGCCCGCUAAUUUGAAUCGAACGUGUUUGGGACAAGGCACUAGAUCACCGAGGUGGACAGGUCAGACGCUGUCCCGGAUGCUCCAAGUUGGUUGCAUUGCGUUACGCUAGACGAACUGGUUAGCAUGGUUAGGAGUAUUUGGCAUUAUCAGAGAAAUUUUCUUCACUGAAUGCGGCGAAAAGCGGAUGUUUCCAGCUGGGAAUUUGGCUGGAUUUCGUUGGGUCCAUCCAUGACGAUGUCCGCAACGAUAGGAAGGUGGGAUUGAUUGGCGGGCUCGAGUCAUCCGGUGUGACGCAAGUCGUCUGACCGCCUUCCUCUUUAGGUCUUGCAUCUGGACCUUUGUAUAUACAAAGCAUGUUAGUUCUGUACAUAAAUUCGUUGUUUCAACCUUACAAUAAAAUUUUAAUGACAGAAA